AUGGACGGCGAUAAGCUGAAAGGCGGCAUCGUGAUCGGGGCCAUUGCGGGCGAAGAAGUGCGACAAGCCAACGAACAUGAACACAAUCUCACAUUCCUCGAGGCUUUGAAGCUAUACCCGACUGCAGUCUUCUGGAGUAUCUUCUUCUCACUCGGCAUAAUUAUGACCGCCUUCGAUCCACAGCUUCUGGGCCAGCUGUAUGCCACGCCGGCUUUCCAGAAAGACUUUGGCUAUCAGUACCAAGGCGAGUGGAUCAUCUCUGCUCCGUGGCAGACUGGUCUGGGUAUGGGCAAUCCAAUCGGUCAGGUUGUAGGAGCGUUCUUUGCAACUUAUCCGAUGGAAUGGUAUGGCAGGAAGAGGACUUUCGGUGUGUGCGUGAUUCUCACUGCAGCUUUCAUCUUCAUCCAGUUCUUCGCCCGAUCCUUGCCAGUGCUUCUGGUGGGCGAAUUGCUGGGUGGACUGGUGCUCGGCACUUAUGCGACCAUUGCGCCUACAUAUGCGUCAGAAGUCUGCCCCAUGGCACUUCGAGGAGUACUGACCAGUUACGUGAACCUCUGCUUCGUCAUUGGACAGCUCAUCGCGAACGGCAUCAUUGCUGGAACAAGCCAGCUUGACACACAUUGGGCGUACUCUGCGCCAUUCGCAGCGCAAUGGUUCUGGCCAUUAGUCAUUCUAAUCGGCAUGCCGUUUGCUCCCGAAUCACCAUGGUGGCUAGUCCGACAGAAUCGUCUCGAAGACGCAGAGCACUCUCUACGACGUCUGGCUUCUCCACGAGUCGACGUGAAGCCUACACUAGCGAUGAUGAUCGAGACCGACCGAUUGGAACAGGAGCUCGAAUCCGGAGUUACAUACUGGGACUGCUUCGAAAAAAUCAAUCUGCGGCGGACAGAGAUCGCUAUCGGAGUCUACUGCAUUCAAGUCGUUUCUGGCAUUUACCUUGUGGGCUAUGCAACCUACUUCUUCCAGCAAGCCGGUCUGCCUACCCGCGAAGCCUUCAAUAUGGGUGUCGGGUUCCUUGCAGUCGGCUUUGUGGGAACACUCUUUUCAUGGGUGCUUCUCAUUCGCUUCGGCCGCAGAGACAUCUACAACGUGGGUCUUACCAUCUUGAUGGUUCUCAUGCUCAUAAUAGGCAUCCUCGAUGUCGUCAAAUAUAAGAGUGGCGUCAUCUGGGCACAGUCAUCUUUGAUGGUUGUGUGGAACUUCUGCUACGACUUCAGCGUCGGACCCGUCUGCUUCGUCAUUCUCUGUGAGGUGUCUGCAACCAGAGUUCGAAGCAAGACCAUUGCCAUCGCGACUGCAGCGCAAGCACUCCUCGGCAUCGUCAUGACCAGUCUUAGACAAACAAUCAACACCUUCCCGUUUAUGAUCAACCCGGACCAGGCAGAUAUGAGAGGCAAGAUCGGCUUCUUCUUCGGAGGCUUGUCGGCGAUUAGCUUGCUGUGGACAUUCCUGAGAGUUCCAGAGACUCGUGGAAGGACGUACGAAGAGCUCGACAUCAUGUUCUCGCGCGAUGUGCCAACGAGACAGUUCAAGAAGUAUGUUAUUGAGUAG